AUGGGCAUCAAAUCCGUCAAUAGCAGAGAGGCCCCGUACUUGGUCUUCAUCAACACCUGGAAGCACAUUCGGGAAUCGGGCCUCGAUGCCGCCAUGGGAAUCAGCGCCCUGGUCAUGCUGUACCUGAUCAGAUGGGUCUUCACCACCUGGGCUCACAAGGUACCGAAACACCAGCGCCUUCUCUUCUUCCUCAACACCCUACGCAGCGUCUUCGUCAUCUUGCUAUACACCCUGAUUAGCUGGCUUGUCAACAUGCACCGCAAGGAUCACCCGGCCUUCAAGAUUCUCGGCUCUGUUCCCAGAGGUUUCCAGGCUGUCGGCGUUCCGGUAAUCGACACAACUCUCAUCGGCGCCUUCGCCAGGUUCCUUCCCGCCAGCGUCAUCGUGCUCCUUGUCGAACACAUUGCCAUCUCCAAGUCCUUUGGUCGCCUCAACAACUACGUCAUUGACCCGUCCCAGGAAAUGGUAGCCAUCGGCUCCAAGGCAGGCGUGCGCACCCCGGCCUCCGGCGUCAUCACCGGCGCCGUCGUGCUCCUGGCCACCUACACCCUAACCUCGCUCUUCUUCUAUAUCCCGAGCGCGUCCUUGGCCGCUGUCAUCAUCCACGCCGUCGCGGAUCUCGUCACCUCGCCCAACACUGUGUACCAGUUUUGGAAGGUGUCUCCCCUCGAGGUCCUCAUCUUCUUUAUCGGUGUUUUUGUCAGCGUCUUCUCCAACAUUGAAAACGGCAUCUACGCCACCGUGUGUAUUUCGGCUGCCAUCCUCUUCUUCCGCACUCUUAAGGCUAGGGGUUCCUUCCUUGGAAAAGUCCGUGUGCACUCCGUCCUCGGCGACCACAUUAUCGGCGAGGACCACCGCAAGGUCGUCGGCUCCUACGGCACAUUCGGCAGCUCGGAUCACGCCGUACGCAGCGUCUUCCUUCCCAUCACGCACGACGACGGCCACAACCCCCAGAUCGAUAUCCAGAACCCGUACCCGGGCAUCUUCAUCUAUCGCUUCACCGAGGGCUACGAGCGGCUCGGCGACAGGCCCUGGAACGACCCUGGUCCUUCGCGCACCAAGAGAAAGGCGCAGAGGAACGGCGGUGACACGUUUGACGAGGAGGACGGCAUGCCGACGCUGAAGGCCAUCAUUUUGGAUUUCAGCUCCGUCAACCACGUCGACAUCACCUCCGUGCAGCGCCUCAUCGACGUCAGGAACCAGCUCGACCGGUAUACCGCCCCUGAGACGGUGGACUGGCACUUUGCCUGCAUCUCGAACCGCUGGACCAAGCGCGCCCUCGUCUCGGCCGGCUUCGGUUGCUGGAGGGGCGGGACCGAGGGGCGCGAGCACCAGUGGCGUUCCAUUUUUAGCGUCGCCGAGAUUGGCGUGAUCAAGGAGGCGAACGGCGAAGAUGACGAGGGCGGCGAGGUCGAGGCCGAGGGGGCGAGCGUAGUGACUCCGAUUGCGACGCCGGGACAGGGCGUGAAGCGGAGGAGGCACUCCAAGACUAAGCGCAAGGGAGCUAUUAUCCAGGGUCUCAACCGGCCGCUGUUUCACGUGGAUCUGACGAAUGCUCUUCAAAGCGCCAUUGCUAAUGUCGAGGCGAGGCACGACAUCGAGCAUUCGGUGGGUGUUACAACGUCCACUGGGUCUUGA